AAUUUGUCAUAACUUCUUUUCUUUAUUUCAGUCAAACAACAUAAAUAAGCAACAAGAAAAUGAAGGUAGCUAUUAUUGGAGCCGGUGCAAGUGGUCUUACUGCCAUCAAAUGCUGUCUGGAUGAGGGCCUAGAACCAGUCUGCUAUGAACGUACAGAUGAAAUUGGUGGAUUGUGGAAUUACAAAGAGGAAGUUAGACCAGGACAAGCCAGCGUGAUGAAAUCUACAGUGAUAAACACUAGCAAGGAGAUCAUGUGUUACAGUGACUUUUCCAUUCCGACGGAGUUCCCGAUCUUCAUGCACAACAAGCUAGUGUUACAAUACUUCCAUCUGUAUGCAAAACAGUUUGGUUUGAUGAAGCACAUCAGAUUUCAGCAUGAGAUUUUAUCAGUGAGAAAGCACGCCAACUUUGCAGACACUGGACAAUGGGACCUAAGUGUGCGUAAUAAAGUUACUGGAAUGACAGAAGACUUGGUGUAUGAUGCAGUAUUGGUAUGUACUGGUCAUCAUGCUGAAGUUCACAAACCCACCUUUCCAGGUUUAGACAGGUUCAAAGGUAAGGUUAUACAUUCCCAUGACUUCAAGUCUACAGCUGGUUAUGAAGAUAAAAGAAUUGUAAUUGUUGGUAUUGGCAACUCAGGAGGUGAUGCCGCCGUGGAGCUCAGUCGUGUUGCAUCACAGGUCUAUUUAAGUACAAGACGUGGAACUUGGAUUUUGAAUAGAGUGGCAGAUCAUGGUCUACCAGUUGACAUGCUAAACAUAAACCGUUUCCUCAACAGCAUAGUAGGACGAUUUCCAAGUCUGGUAAGCUCCUAUGCAGAGAGCCAGUUAAACAAGAAAUUUGACCACGAGCUUUAUUCGUUAAAACCAAACCAUAGAGUGUUCUCUCAACAUCCAAUGGUAAAUGACGAUUUACCGAAUAGAAUUAUCUGUUGGAGUGUUGUGGUCAAACCAAAUGUGACAGAAUUCACUGAAAGCGGUGUAAAAUUUGACGACGGAACUUUUGAGGAUAAUAUUGAUGUAGUAUUUCUGGCCACAGGCUAUGUUUUCGGCUUUCCGUUUUUGGACAAAAAUGUAGUUGAGGUAAAAAAUAAUGAGAUAGAGUUGUUCAAAUAUGCAUUUCCACCGAAUUUAGAGAAGCCAACGUUAGCUGUGAUAGGCUUUAUUCAACCCAUUGGAGCUAUUAUGCCGAUAUGUGAACUACAGUGUAGACUUGCCACAAGGUUGUUCAAGGGGGAUGUUCAGUUGCCACCACAGUCAGAAAUGUGGAGAGAUAUAAAGGAUAAGAAAGAAAAGAUGUCCAGGGUCUACGUAAAGUCCCAACGACAUACAAUACAGGUCGACUUCAUACCAUUUCUUGAUGAGCUGGCAAAGUUAAACGGAUGCAUGCCAAAUUUCAAGAAAAUGUUCUUCAGGGACCCAGUGUUGACAUUAAAAUGUAUAUUUGGACCUUGCACCCCUUACCAGUACAGACUAGAGGGACCAGGGGCAUGGAAAGGGGCCAGGAAAGCUAUACUGACACAGUGGGACCGGACCCUAGCACCACUGAAAACAAGAUCAAUGAAAUUGGAGGUCAAAAGGUCACAGAAGGGAUUUGUUGUGUUCUUUAUGUGUGUUGUAGCAAUAUUUAUCAUCUUCUUAAGUAUGUUUAUAAAAGACUGAAAAAAGCAGUAUGUUGUAUUACAGGAGUCUGAGUUUCUGUUAGUAAGACUCCUGAAGCCUGUCUUUAAAAUACCAAUAAAUACCGUCUUUAUAUAAAAUAACUACAGUGUUUAUUUUAUAUAGGGGGUAUUUUUUUUAGAUAGACUUCUAGAGUUUUACGGAUGGAAUUUCAGACUCCUGUGGUUGUACACGGACAUUGUUGGGAAUUUAUCUUUGGAUAAUUACAUUGUGUUGUGAAUUUGAAAGAGACUGUGAAGUCAUAUAAUUAUAUUCACUGGAAAUUGAUUUUUUUUAGGACAUUAUGUUUGCGUAAAUUCACAAAAAUCUGAGUGAACAAUUCAAAAUAUUCAUUGAUUAUAUCUUUAAAAGUUGAAAUGCACAAAAUCAUACCCCCAUGAAAUAGCUACUUCUGGCUUAAUUAAACAAUGAAAUUUCAUGCCCACAAAAAUUAUGUACUUUCAUAGUAGAUCAAUGAUGUUUGAUAAGGUUUUUUGACCUGAAGACACUUAAAUGAGACCUGCAGGUUUACAGAUACAUCUGUUUAUGUCAAUUAUAUUUUGGUAGAAUAUUCUUGUAGUCAUAGUAGUUCUAUUUUUAUAUUCCAUUAAGGACAUUUAGACUAGUAUUGUUAUUAGAGAAAUUUUCUCAGAAUUAAAAUUUUUAAGAAAUGUUCAUUUGCUAAUUUUGGAAUUUAUAUAAUUAUUUAUAUCAAUUAUGUAGUAUUAUAUCUACCGGUACUGAAGUAAAAAUGUAAGAAAAUAUGUCAUUAAAUUUAAUUUGUCAUGAAAUUUAAUUCAUAGUUUGCUUCAGAUCUUGGUUCUCAAAUUUUAAUACCAAUUUCUAAUGGGUCACUCAUUAAUCCUGUCUAUGCCUUAAACACGAGUAUGGUGACAUACCUUGAUGAAUGUUAAUUUAACCUUUACCCUGCUAAAUUUCUAAAAUGGAUUGGUCCAUCAUUCAGUUUGGGCAGUACCACUUGUUUAUCAAAGGGACAUUCGCUAAAAGUUUACUGACUGAAUAGCGAACAGUACAGACCAUGAUCAGCCUGCAUGGAUGUGCAGGCUAAUCUUGGUCUGCACUGGUUGCAAAGGCACAACGAAUUGCUGCCAGCGGGGUAAAGGUUAGAAAUUGAGAGAGUAAAUAUUGAAGUACCAGUUGAUAUGUGUAAAAUUUUAUUUU